AUGUUUGUACAGGUUACGCAGCAGAAAAGGUCCUUUCCCACAGAUAUUGCAAGGGGCAGAGGAUUUGAGUCGGUUGUGCUCCCUUCGAUGUGCGAUUGGCAGUCUUUUUUCAUCAAAAUCGGAAUCCCUGCUGGUGUAUCUUCGCGUUAUGCGGAAGUCUUCCGUCAGAACAGGGUUUCCAAAGACAUGCUUCCAGACCUUGACAAGGCAACCCUAGCCGACUUGGGCGUGACAGCAGUUGGCGAUCAGUUAGCGAUCCUGCGAAGUGCAAAGGAUGCAUCUCUGGAAAUGGGUUCCGUUACACCAUCUAAGCUACGCAUUCGCAUUACUGGACCUGAAUCCGAUAGUUUUCUCCCAGGUGGGAGUGUGUCCAUGAACGUAGCAACUGGAAAUGGUGAGAAACGAAGAGGAAGGCCUCCUCCUGACCGCCAUGAGAUUUAUCACAUCAAGAUGCCUGAAGGAAAUACUGCUCGUACUAAAAAGAUCAUGGAAAAUGCUAACAUGAUGCGGAAGCAUGGUUUGGCGGUGCGCGGAACAACAGGCGUGCGACAAGGUGGAAGAUCUGUAAGCCCAGUUGACAAGAAAAGUGCUGCGGUUGUGCGCAGGAAUCAGGAACGAGGUGCAUAUGAGGAGGUGCUGGUGUCUGAUCCUAUAAUAACACGCUUAGGAGUACGAGGACUACAUUCAGAUGUCACCAGCAAGUUGACAAGUGGAAAAGUGCGAAAAUGGGGCUUACGUAACGGAGCUUCUCACCUAUCUUGUGCGGGAUUGUCUCAACCAAGAGGCGAUGUGGCUGUUCGUGUACAAUUACCUUCGUCUAAUGGUGUGGUACGACGAAUUUCUACAGCGCCUAGAACCAGUAUAGCAACAUCGAUCCUGAAUCGUACCUCUCGAGAUCGGACUGGUAACAUUCCCUUAGUUACUGUGAAGUUACGCGGUGCUGCUCAGAAGGAACGAGCGGCGGUGCGAUUGCGAACUACUACAGAACGUAAACCUGUGCACAUGCGACUGGGCAGGGUGACAAGUAGUGGGCGAUUAGCACGAUCGGCUCCGGUUCGUCAGAAACCAUUCGCUAGACCUGUAUUCGAAGAAGAAGAGGAAGAAGAGGAGGAGGAAUGCAUUGAGGAAGAAAUGUCAGAGGAUCAUGAUGAAUAUUCCAAUGAAGAGAUGAUAUGGGAGGAGGAAGAACAGUUCGACGAGUACGUGGAAGAAACUCGACCAACCGUCUACAAUCGUCUUUCUCGUUGA